AUGGAGACGCCUUCAUCCGGGACUGCAACACCAGUGGAUGUGGAAUCCGGCAGCAGUCAAAUUCGCAAACGCUUGACUGUCACAUUUCGCGAUCUCACUGUCAAUGUUACAGCACCCGAUGCCGCCCUAGGCGACACGCUUUGGUCGGAAGUUGACCCACGCCAGCUUGGCAACCUAUUCAACAAGAAAAAGUCAAAAAGGUCAAUUCUCAAAGAUGUCUCCGGUCAAGUGCGGCCAGGCGAAAUGCUUCUCGUGCUUGGCAGACCAGGCUCCGGCUGCACGUCGCUCCUUCGAGUGCUUUCAAAUGACCGCGAAACUUUCGACGAGAUCUGUGGUGACACCAUGUACGGAAGUCUGGAUCACAGAGACGCGAGGAAAUACCGCCAGCAGAUCAUGUUCAAUAAUGAAGACGAUCUGCAUUUCCCCACGCUUACUGUCAAUCGAACCAUGAAAUUCGCUCUGCGAAAUAAAAUUCCGAAUGAGAGACCCCCAGAGUUAGCCGACCGAAAGGGUUUUACUCUUGUUGGCAACGAAUUCAUUCGUGGAGUCUCUGGAGGUGAACGCAAGCGUGUCUCACUUGCUGAAGUUCUUGCAGGACAGAGUCCUGUUCAAAUGUGGGACAACCCCACUCGAGGCUUGGAUUCUAAAGCUGCGGUUGAAUUUGCCCGUAUGCUGCGCCGUGAAGCAGACGAAAAUGAAAAGACUAUGAUUGCCACCACUUACCAAGCCGGCAAUGGCAUUUACGACCAGUUCGAUAAGGUUCUGGUUCUCGCGGAAGGAAGAGUGACCUUUUAUGGUCCUCGUGCUCUAGCGAGAGAGUACUUCGAAAGAAUGGGGUUCGAUUUCCCAAAGGGGGCUAAUAUUGCUGACUUUCUUACUUCGGUCACCGUUCUGACAGAGCGUAUCGUUCGCUCCGGAUGGGAGGCAAAGGUCCCCAACACUCCCGAGGAAUUUGAGGAAAGAUACCACCAAAGUUCAAUCUGUCGUGACCAGAUUGAUACCAUGGAGCCUACGGAAAAACUUGUUCACGAAAUUCAAGAUCUGGAGCUUGCCGUGGCUAGAGAAAAGCGAAAGCAUCAUAUGCCUCGACAGAAGAGUGUUUAUACCGCAGGGCUCUGGGAGCAAGUCGGCUCCUGUACUGUUCGGCAAUUCCAGAUCAUGUGGGGGGACAAAUUCUCCCUGGUGGUUAAAAUCGUCUCUGCUAUUCUUCAGGCUUUGGUUUGCGGCUCCCUCUUCUACAACCUUGCCGAAGACAGUAGCUCUAUCUUCCUGCGUCCCGGUGUCCUUUUCUUCCCCAUCCUUUAUUUCCUUCUCGAGUCACUCUCAGAAACGACCAAGUCGUUCAUGGGCCGCCCAAUUCUCUCUCGGCAAAAGCGCUUCGGAUUCUACCGUCCGACAGCCUUCUGCAUCGCAAACGCCAUAACAGAUAUCCCAGUUAUAACGGUGCAGGUGACAUUCUUUGCACUCAUUCUGUAUUUUAUGUCGGCACUUCAGAUGGAUGCCGGGAGAUUCUUUACAUUCUGGGUCAUCAUCAUCGCCCAGACACUGUGCUUUUCUCAGCUUUUCCGGUCAGUCGGUGCGAUUUGCAAGACGUUUGGAAAUGCCUCCAAAAUCUCCGGCUUGCUCUCCACUGUCUUUUUUGUUUAUGGAGGCUACCUGAUUCCAUUUGAAAGCAUGCACGUCUGGUUCCGGUGGAUAUUUUACUUGAACCCCGGAGCAUAUGCAUUCGAGGCGCUCAUGGCGAACGAGUUUGUUGGACGGGAGUUCCAAUGCAUCGAGCCUGAUUAUAUUCCAUACGGUACAGGUUACUCUAGCUCAGUAUCGCUUCACAGGGGAUGUUCGGUUCCCGGAAGUAAGGAUGGCGUGAUUAGUGGGGAAGCCUAUAUCCGGGAGCAGUACAGCUAUUCAUUCCAUCACAUCUGGCGCAGCUUUGGUAUUAUCAUUGGCUUUUGGAUAUUUUUCAUUGGUCUUACCUCGCUGGGAUUCGAGUGGAAGAAUAGCCAAGGUGGGUCCUCGGUCUUGCUUUACAAGCGUGGAAGCCAGAAUCAGCAUCAGUUGGGCGAAAAGGAAAUGCCAGCCAAAAACGAGCAGUCUGGAGAUAUGAGCGCUCUCCGGGGUUCAGUCAAGAAUUCGACAUUUACAUGGAAUAAUCUUGACUAUCAUGUUCCCUUCAAUGGAGAAAAGAAACAGUUACUUGACAAGGUUUUUGGGUUUGUGAAACCUGGAAACCUGGUUGCUCUGAUGGGAGCCUCUGGUGCUGGGAAAACAACGCUACUCGACGUUCUUGCACAGCGCAAAGAUUCUGGUGAAAUUCACGGAUCUAUCCUGAUUGAUGGACGCCCGCAAGGGAUCAGCUUUCAGCGAAUGACUGGAUACUGUGAGCAGUUGGAUGUGCACGAGUCAAGCGCGACCGUACGAGAAGCACUUAUUUUUUCUGCGGUACUUCGGCAACCGUCCAGUACAUCCUACGAAGAUAAGAUCGCCUAUGUCGACCAUAUCAUUAAUCUUUUGGAGCUUCGCGAUAUCAGUGAUGCCCUGAUUGGAGUGCCCGGAGCUGGCCUCAGUAUUGAGCAACGCAAGCGCGUAACUCUUGGUGUUGAGCUCGUGGCCAAGCCUACCUUGCUUUUCCUGGAUGAACCAACUUCUGGUCUGGAUGGCCAGAGUGCUUAUAACAUUGUGCGAUUUCUUCGGAAGCUUGUCGAUGGAGGACAAGCUGUACUGUGUACGAUUCACCAGCCAUCUGCCGUCCUGUUCGAUGCAUUCGAUGGCCUCUUGCUGCUGGCAAAGGGCGGCAAAAUGACUUACUUUGGUGAAAAUGCCAAUCCGGCUGAACACAUCAUCGAUGUCAUUCAAGGAAGUGCGAAGAAUGGCGCCGACUGGGUCGACGUUUGGAAAGACUCGGAAGAGCGAAAAGUGGCACUCCAAGAGCUUGACGCCUUGAAUGCGGCCGGGAUGGCCGAUCCCAAUUAUGUGGAGGAUACUGCGGACUUUGCUACCUCGCAUUGGUUUCAGUUCAAGGUGGUUUCAAAACGCCUUACCAUUCAGAUUUGGCGGUCACCUGAUUAUAUGUGGAACAAGAUGAUUCUCCAUAUCUUCGCUGCUUUAUUCAGCGGCUUCACGUUUUGGAAGAUUGGAGACGGCACCUUUUCCCUUCAACUGCGACUUUUCGCCAUAUUUAACUUUAUCUUUGUCGCUCCUGGUUGUAUUAACCAGAUGCAGCCUUUCUUUUUGCACAACCGCGAUAUCUUUGAGACACGCGAAAAGAAGUCUAAAACUUAUCACUGGAUUGCUUUCAUUGGUGCUCAGACAAUUACGGAGAUUCCUUAUCUCAUCAUCUGCGCAACGCUCUAUUUCGUUUGUUUCUACUUCACUGCCGGAUUUCAAACUCUCGCCAGCAUCUCGGGCCACUUUUAUCUUCAAAUGAUAUUCUACGAGUUUCUGUAUACCUCGAUUGGCCAAGCUAUCGCGGCUUACGCGCCAAAUGAGUAUUUUGCUGCGGUUAUGAACCCUGUCCUGAUCGGGGCUGGAUUGGUCAGCUUCUGUGGUGUUGUUGUGCCCUACAGCCAGAUGCAACCAUUCUGGCGUUAUUGGAUGUACUAUCUUGACCCGUUCACCUAUCUUGUGGGUGGCCUGCUUGGGGAGGUUCUCUGGGAUGUCAAGGUUCAAUGUGAACCAUCCGAAUACAUCACGUUUAGCGCUCCGUCCGGUCAGACAUGCGGUGAAUAUAUGACAGACUUUCUUUCGACCCGGGCUGGCUAUUUGUUGGAUUCAAACUCAAUGGAUACUUGCUCCUUUUGUCAAUACUCGACGGGCGCCGACUAUGCCAAAACUUUCAACUUGCAAGAGAAAUACUACUCCUGGAGAGACACGGGAAUUACCGCCCUCUUUUGCAUUUCCUCGUAUGCUCUUGUGUUUUUUAUGAUGAAGCUCAGAAGCAAGAAAACCAAAAGCGCUCGAUCCGAGUGA